UAACAAUUCUCUCGUGUUUUUUUUUUUACCACAACAACAACGGUUUAAUUGGAUUCACUCUGGUAUAUAGAACAUUAAAAGCCGGUCCAUCCAUUCGACCGCUGCACGAUAAACAAACAACAGGCUGCUAAAUCGUCAUGAAACCCGCUAAACGUUCGCUUUUCGUAGUAUCCGUUGCAGUUUUGUGUUUCGUAGGCGAUGCGAUUGUUUGUCCACCGAACUACUGUCACACCGUCAGGUGCGUUAACGAAGACACCUGUCCCGAAACUCACGUCCUAAGUCCGACGUUUUGCGGAUGCUGCAACAGAUGCGUACCGAAAAUUGGCGAAGGAGGAGUCUGUCUACAAUUUGCAGGAUCUCCCUCUAGCGCACUAUGCGACGAAGGAUUGAUCUGUUGUCGGGGAUCGUGUCAAAAAGAAUGCGAAAGGGAAAUGCCGUCUAGUGAUAAGAACUAUCUAACUAAAUAACUACGAAGGUCUGUUGAUUUAUGAACCAGUUCUUGGACAAUGGUAACUGGUUGUUUGUUGCUUAACUGCUUUUAAGUUACUAAUUUAUGUCUAAUAAAAUUUUUGGUAAGUAAAAAACUAAAAUUUUAUGCUGCUAUUGCGAACUUAUAGAAGAAGAAGUGGUGUGAUCACUUUUCUGUAAGAUUUCCCAAUGUUCAAAUAAAAUAUAAUUUAAUAA